UUACGGAGGAGACAGAAUGAAUAACUCCUCUUGUCCUCGUAUCAACUUUCACUUUGCAGGCAGAUUUCUCCCUGCUGUUUACAUCUUAGUCUUCAUCAUCGGUCUGGUAGUUAAUGGAUGGGGAUUGAAGUCUUUGCUGCACAACUGGAAGAAGCUAAAGAUCAUCAAUGUUUUUGUUCUCAACCUUGGACUAGCAGAUAUUCUGUAUCUGCUCACGCUCCCAUUUUUGAUGGUGUACUACUUUAAGGGGGGUAAAUGGAUCUUUGGAGAUACAUUCUGCAAGAUAACAAGAUUCUGCUUCAAUCUGAAUUUAUAUGGCAGCAUCGGGUUCCUGACUUGUAUAAGUGUGUACAGGUACCUGGCUAUUGUCCAUCCAGUGAGAAUGAUGGGAAGAUUAACUCUGACUCACUCUGUGGGGAUCUCAGUCAUGGUUUGGCUGUUGGUGAACAUUCAAAAUCUUCCAGACAUGUUCUACAGCAAAACAUCUGGAAACAAAACUGGAAAAUGUUAUGAUACCACCAGUUCCAUCUAUGUUGAGGAUUACCUGAAAUACAGCCUUGGAUGGACACUCACUGGGUUUUGUAUCCCAUUCCUCAUCACACUGGGCUGCUAUGGACAUGUGAUUGUCGUUCUCUGCCGCACAAAUACCACCGACAAGGUACUGAAACGGAGAAGCUUGAAGUUGUUGCUCAUCUUGAUCCUUCUCUUCUCUGUUUGCUACAUCCCCUAUCAUGUACUGAAGAACCUCAACCUCUGGUCAAGAGUUUUGUCUAAACAGAAGAUGUGCCGUGAAUGGUCCAAUGGAGUCUACAUGGCUCAUCAGAUAAGUCGUGGCCUUGUGUGUCUGAACAGUGCUCUCAACCCUCUGGUUUACCUCCAUGGAAGUGAAGAUAUUCCUGCUCAGCUUAGACGACUACUCCAGCGAGCUCGUCGGAUGUUCAGCCAUCCGCCUCCAACAAACUCUAGUAGUGUGGCCAUGGCUCAGAUCACAUAUGAAGGUGUAACACAAGAAAAAUAGUAACAUGUUAAACAUUAUACUGUAUAUAUUAAUUGCCCGUCAAGCUGUUUUAUGGCUGCCUAUCGCCCCUAGUUAAAUUCCCCUGGUGUAAAUUGUCUGA